AUGCCUUGUCUUGUCAAGAGAAAUGGUGAUGAUUUGUGUGCAUUGUUCAAAAUGUUGCUUUCUGAAGGCCGGUUUCAUGCGGCCAUGGUCGGUCAUUUUCCGGUGGUGGUGAUCGGCGGCGGAGGUGGUGGUGGUGAAAGGUUACUUUGUUGUAACGAUGCUUGGCCACUUCUACUGACGGUGGUGGACGGCGGCGGAGGUGGUGGUGGACGGUGGUGA